AGCAGACAAAGGCUUUGAGCCCAGGACGCCCCUCUCUCUCUCUCACUCUGCCUACAAAGCCAAUCUUGCUCUAUCUUCGCUGCUUUUUCUACCAUGGAGCUGCUGUUUGAUAGGCGGCGUUAACAGUCUCGGGUUUUACUUUCUAAAUUCUGAAAUGUACGAUCGUCUGGAUCCCCGCUCGGCCGAGAGAGGAAGGCUUUUUGUAGGUAUAAUACAAGGAAGCGUCGUCUGAGAGAGGGAGAGAGAGGGGGAAGGAUUGACGCUUUUUCCUCCUCUCCUCCUCCUUCUUCCUUUUCGCCCCCUCUCCUCCUCUUUUUGGCGGAGAGAGGGGCUGAGGCAGGAAUAAACGCUUUUUUUUUUGUUUUUUUUCCUUCCUUUUUCUUUUUUAAUACAUUUGAAUCCUACUGCGCAACCAGACCGGAUCACGUGGCAUUGGAGAGAGUUGGAUCGAUUUUGCACAGUUCAGUGUGAGAAAAAAGAGAGAGAAACACACAACUCCUAAUUCUUUUUCACUUCUGUGGAUAACUGGGACUGUUGAUACUUUGGCAUAAUUGCAAGAGAAGGGGGUGUCUGAGUGGGCUCCUUUUUUUCAGCCUUGGAGGUGGAGGAGUAUUAAUUCUUAUAUGCCUGGGUUUUGAAAAACAAUGGAGACGCACAUUUCGUGCCUCUUCCCGGAAAUUUUGGCCAUGAUUUUCAGCUAUCUGGACGUGAGGGACAAAGGCAGGGUAGCCCAAGUGUGUAUCGCUUGGAGGGACGCAUCCUACCACAAGUCAGUGUGGAGGGGGGUGGAGGCCAAGCUGCACCUCCGCCGGGCCAAUCCUUCCUUGUUCCCCAGCCUCCAGGCCAGGGGCAUCCGGAGGGUCCAGAUCCUGUCUCUGCGCCGCAGCCUGAGCUAUGUCAUCCAGGGAAUGCCUAACAUCGAGUCCCUCAAUCUGUCCGGCUGCUACAACCUCACGGAUAACGGGCUGGGCCAUGCAUUUGUGCAGGAGAUCCCAUCACUUAGGGUUUUGAACCUGAGUCUGUGCAAGCAGAUCACAGACUCCAGUCUCGGCAGGAUCGCCCAGUAUCUGAAGAACCUGGAGGUGCUGGAGCUCGGUGGCUGCAGCAACAUCACCAACACUGGGCUUCUGUUGAUAGCCUGGGGCCUCCACAGGCUCAAGAGCCUCAAUCUGAGGUCCUGCAGGCAUGUCUCAGAUGUGGGGAUUGGACAUUUGGCGGGUAUGACCCGCAGCGCAGCAGAGGGCUGCCUAAACCUAGAGUACCUGACUCUCCAAGACUGUCAGAAACUGACGGACCUGUCACUCAAACACAUUUCCAAGGGGCUGACCAAGCUGCGGGUGCUGAACCUGAGCUUCUGUGGGGGGAUCUCGGAUGCCGGGAUGAUCCACCUCUCCCACAUGGCCUCCCUGUGGAGCCUCAACCUGCGCUCCUGUGACAACAUCAGCGACACGGGGACCAUGCACCUCGCCAUGGGCACCCUGAGGCUCUCUGGGCUUGACGUUUCCUUCUGUGACAAGAUCGGGGACCAGACCCUGGCGUACAUCGCUCAGGGGCUGUACCAGCUCAAGUCGCUGUCCCUGUGCUCGUGCCACAUCUCCGACGACGGGAUCAACCGGAUGGUGAGGCAGAUGCACGAGCUGAGGACCCUGAACAUUGGACAGUGUGUGCGCAUCACGGACAAAGGGCUGGAGCUCAUAGCGGACCACCUGACCCAGCUGGCGGGCAUCGACCUGUAUGGAUGUACCAAGAUCACCAAGAGGGGACUGGAGAGGAUCACACAGCUCCCCUGCCUUAAAGUGUUGAACCUGGGACUCUGGCAGAUGACAGAGAGUGAGAAAGUGAGGUGAUUGGAAAUGUUUGGAGGCUUGUGUGAGUGUGUGUGUGUGUGUGUGUUCAUUUCUUUUUUGGAUGGGGAACAUGAGGAGUGGGGGGGAGGAGGU